AUGUAUGUGCGCGCCCUCUACGACUACGAGGCUGAUGACAGGACGAGCUUGAGCUUCCAUGAGGGGGACAUUAUUCAGGUCAUCACAAGGUUGGAAAGUGGUUGGUGGGAUGGAGUUAUCAAUGGUGUGCGGGGAUGGUUCCCCAGCAACUACUGUCAGAUUAUCACAAGCCCAGAUGAGAUGCCAGAAAUGGAGGAUGGCGGCGAUCCGGAGCGGAUAGACGACGAAAAUGACGAGCAGGAGGUCUAUGAGGAGGGUAUCGAUGACGACGAUGUCUCCGACCGCGACGACGAAGGACUUCCACUCGAGGGCGCCGAUCGCGACCGUGCUGGGGCCGACUUUUGGAUCCCACAAGCAACCACAGACGGCCGACUCUUCUACUACAAUACCAUGACCGGCGAGAGUAGCAUGGAGUUACCGCUCGAGUCUCCCUCGUCACUGAAUGAAACGGGACCGCGGGACCGCAUGAAUGUCAGCAUGCCGGACAGGACGCGGCCACCACCCGAAAUGAUUGCGAGGGGCCUGACACAAGAAGAAGACGAAGAAUCCGACGUAAAUUCAGCAUCCGAGUUGGACGGCGAAGCGCUAAUGAACGGAGCGCGUGGGCCCCUAGCUGCGACCCGCAGAGCCGGUGCCCGCGGCGUCCUCUCACCUUCCGCCUCGAUGGACUCGAUAAACGGCCAAUCUUCCGGCACGAGGGCGCGCGGCGAUGCGAUCGGAAACGGCAACAACCACCUCCAAGCCCCCGCCUCAACUUCCUUCACCAGCUCCGGAUUUAACCUCCCGACGGCGGCCACCAUCCCACGUUCGUUUUUCGACGAUGGUACCACCCCGCCUUUGACCUGGAGCCGGCUGGUUACGAACAUGAAGAAGUCGGUCGACCGCUAUCGCCAAGCCAUCGAAAAUGGGAACCGCUCAGAAUACGUCGCGCGGGCAGAGGACAUCUCAGACCACUUGCGCCUCCUACUUGCUGCCGGCUCGGGCACAACGGACAACCACUCCGGGCAACCAUCUAUCAUCUCCACCAACAAAGCUCUCUACCCUCAUUUCCGGGACAUGAUGUCCAAGUUCUCCAAGCUCGUCAUCUCCUCGCACAUCGCAGCGGCCGACUGGCCAAAUGCCGAAUCCGUUCAAAAAUGUCUACAAGAAGCCGACGGCGUUCUUCUGGGUGUGUAUAGUUAUGUCGAAGUCGCGAGGCAACAGCGUGGCGAAGAGAUACCUAGGCUGUUCCCCGGGUUCGUUAUCGGUUCCAGCGCUGGCGGGAGCUGGCAGAAUAAUGGGCUGACGCCGCGCGAUCCCAUCACGUCCAACUUCCUAGAAGACGAAGAAGGCGUCGUGGAGCCCACCGCCAUCCUCGACAACAAACUUUUAGAACGACUCGACGAGCUGAAGAGGUUGUUGGUUUCCAGCAUCAGGGAACUCGAGAAGAACCUACUCGUCAGCGAUAUGGUGGUCACGCCGUACAAGCACGAGGUGGUUGGCAACAAUGUCUGUGCCGCAGGAGGCAAAGUUUUGGACACCUUCAAACCCUGGAUCGCCAUGAUCGAGUCUAUUGAUCUAUCGUUACUCGGCAACAGCUUCCAGACUCCGCAGCUUGCUGAUUUCAGCACCAACAAACAGAGUCUCUACGACAAUAUCUCGGACCUGCUCUUGGGAUGCCAGGCCGUCGCGGGCCCACUGGCCGAUGAGUGGUCGGAGGUUCGGGGACAGUGUCUGGAAGAGAGACUCGAAUACGUCAAACAAUGCGCACGAGCCCUCGAGACCAACUCAUCCCACAUUGGCUUCUCGCUUCAGCUGUUAUCCGAACAGGUGUCCAUGGUCCUCCAGCAACAGGAAGUCCACGUACGAGAAGAAGUCCUCCCACGCGAGCCCCUCAGACGGAUAGAGACGAUGCCAUACGAACGGCCGCAUCAGCGGACAGAAUCUCGGGGUCUGCUACGACCCGGGCUGCCAAUUGGCUCGCAGUCAUUCACAGAAGGCGAAACCAUCCCAGCUAACAACUACCGGAAGGGUGAUCCCUCCAAGAUGAAACGAUUCUUCGGGGAAGACCCAGAACCAGUGGCGCCCCCGCCCCCACUAGCGCCUCCAGUCGAUGAAUCGCCUGAUUUCCUAAACCUUGACCAUGAAGGCGACUUGUCCUGGGAUAUUAAGGUCACGCCUCCCGCUGUCAAGGGCGGGUCUUUGGUGGCCCUUGUCGAGCAGCUGACACGGCACGACAAGCUGGAUGCAAACUUCAACAACACGUUCCUCUUGACGUACCGCUCCUUUACCAAUGCGCGGGAAUUGUUUGAGAUGCUAGUCAAGAGGUUCAGUACCCAGCCACCCGAAGGACUGAUUCAACCCGAUUUCGAUACCUGGCGGGACCGGAAGCAGCGGCCGAUCCGGUUCCGCGUCGUCAACAUCCUCAAGAGUUGGCUCGACACCUUUUGGAUGGAAGAUUACAACGAAGAGACGAAGCAGCUUAUCCGCGACAUGUACAACUUCGCCAAAGACACUAUUAAGACAGCAGAAACACCCGGCUCCGUUCCAUUGAUGACCAUACUGGAGCAACGACUGAGCGGUAAAGAUUUCGGCGGGCGGCGUAUGGUCCAGACAGUGAACCAAAACACACCAGCACCCAUCAUGCCGAAAAACAUGAAGAAGCUCAAAUUCCUCGACAUUGACGUCGUUGAAUUCGCCCGACAGCUCACGAUCAUUGAGUCCAAACUCUACGCGAAGAUCAAAUCGACAGAGUGCCUCAACAAGACGUGGCAAAAGAAGGUCGGGGAGGGUGAGCCAGAGCCAGCGCCAAACGUCAAGGCGCUGAUUCUGCACUCUAACCAGAUGACCAACUGGGUGGCGGAGAUGAUUCUGUCGCAGACCGAUGUUAGAAAGCGUGUGGUCGUCAUCAAGCACUUUGUGGCAGUCGCUGACGUAAUUACCCCCCUUCCCCCUUUACUCAUGCUAUCCUUGUCUCGUCACAUCAGAGAGAACUUGACUGACUUUGUGCAACAGAAAUGCCGGAUUUUGAAUAACUUUUCGACCCUGACUUCAAUCAUCUCGGCGCUGGGCACAGCGCCCAUUGCUCGCCUCAAGCGGACGUGGGACCAAGUGCCACAGCGCAUCCAGGCGACCUUGGAGACCAUGCGCAAGCUCAUGGCCAGCACCAAGAACUUUGGCGAGUACCGAGAAACGUUACACGCCGCGAAUCCGCCCUGCAUUCCAUUUUUCGGCGUGUACCUUACGGACCUUACCUUCAUUGAGGACGGUAUUCCGUCUAUCAUCAAGAAGACCAACCUGAUCAAUUUUGCGAAGCGGGCGAAAACAGCCGAAGUCAUUCGCGACAUUCAACAAUACCAGAACGUGGCCUACUCUCUACAAUCGGUGCCCGAGCUGCAGGAUUAUAUUGUGAGCAACAUGCAAGCAGCCGGAGACGUACACGAGAUGUACGACAGGAGUCUACAGAUCGAGCCGCGGGAGCGAGAAGACGAGAAGAUCGUGAGGGUCUUGGCUGAGUCUGGCUUCCUAUGA